AUGUCCGACGCAGAAUGCUACGACCGCCUCGGUUAUCCGGAUCGCACGUUUGAGACCGAGAUCCUGCCGUGCGACCCGUCGUCGUCCAUAUCCUUUCGCGAGGGGCGUACUGGUAGCAACGGCAGCAGUGGCGGCGCAUCCGCUUCUACCGCAAGCGGCAGAGAACCUCUCCGACAUGCUCGACCCGAAAUCGGCUCCACGACAACGCAGGAGAGCCUCGCCACGGCGGCGCAGCACCUCCAGAGGGGACAGGCGGUGGCCUUCCCCACCGAGACCGUCUAUGGCCUCGCGGCCUCGGCGCUCGACCAGUCGGCAGCCUCCAAGAUCUAUGCGGCCAAGAAGCGGCCAGCCGACAACCCGCUCAUUGUCCACGUAUCCGACCUUGACAUGCUCGAGCGGCUCCUGCCAGACGACUACCGCCCAGGCCCGGUCUACGCCGCGCUUAUGCAGCAAUUCUGGCCGGGCGCCCUCACCUUCCUCUUUCCGGUCUCGAUGCAGCGGCCCAAGGUGCCCUCGGUCAUCACCUGCGGUCAGCCCUCUGUCGCCGUCCGGAUGCCAUCCCAUCCGAUCGCGAGGGCCUUGAUCGCGCUCUCUGGGCUGCCGCUCGCGGCGCCCUCGGCCAACGCCUCGGGCAGACCAUCGCCGACGACGGCGGCGCACGUCAUGCGAGACCUCGGCGGCGAGCUCGAUGCAGAGGCGCUCUCGAAGGCGGGAUUCACGGCGCAAGAGGGGCAGCCGUUGGGGCGUCUCAAGUACAUCCUCGACGGCGGUCCAUCGGACGUCGGGCUGGAGAGCACCGUCGUCGAUGGCAUCUCAACGCCGGGAGAGCUGCGCGUGCUGCGGCCCGGCGGCAUCACUGUCGAGCAGAUCUCCGACGUGCUCAGGCAGGCUGGUCUGCUGCGGAUCGGCGAGGGCGGUGGUGAGGACCCGCAAGCGGUGCGGUUGCGGGUGUACGGCAAGGACCUUGCCCGGAGCGCCGAGCAGGAGUCGAACCCGACGACGCCCGGCAUGAAGUACCGGCACUACUCGCCGACGGCCCGCGUCGUGAUGCUGCUGCCCUCGCGCCUGCUCGCCGCUGCCUUCGAAGGCGAGGGGGACAAGGGCGAGACGUCGAACCGGUCCGCGGCGGCCAGGCAGGUGGUCGAUUCGCUCGAGGCACCGACAUCGGCGAGGCAAGCGAGGACGUUCCCGGAGAUUGUCGAGGCUCAGAUUGCCAAGACUGGCCUGGCGCGCAGCGACCGCGGUGGCGUCGACGGGACGCGCCAGGAGCCGGUGCGCAUCGGCAUCAUGAUGUCGAACGACUCGGACCUGGCUCGAUGGGUGCACCGCGCUUCGUCGCGGGCGUCCCAACCGGAAGCACCGUCGAGCGACGCUCAGCCAGCAGUGCACCCGCACCUGCUUCCGCCGUUGACGUUUUCGACGCUGGCCGGUGUCGAGGUGCAGCCGUUUGACCUGGGCCCGACGGAGCGCGGCGAGGUGUACGCGCAGCGCAUGUUUGACGGCCUGCGCACGCUCGACGAGGGGCCGCUGGUGCGCGGACCGAGGUGCGACCUCAUCUUUGUCGAGGCGCUCCACGACGACGGCGUCGGGCUGGCCGUCAUGAACCGGCUCAAAAAGGCGAGCAGCGAGAGCGUCGUCGUCGAUUGCUGA